ACUCAAAGCGGCAAACGCAUGCACCCAAGAAAACAUACAUAUACUUCGAGCUCUUCCUCCCAUCUUGGAUCUCACUCCUGCUCUUCUCCUUCUCCUUCUCCUCCAGACAUACCUUCUUGCUUCGUGAUACCCCCCUCUACUCCAGCGCGUACCUUCUCUCGCUCUUCCCCCCGACCACCUACCUCCCCUACCGAAUUGCUCCCCUACGAAUCGUUGAGAGCCAGACAACAUGUGUGGCAUUUUCGGAUACAUCAACUACCUCGUGGAAAAGGACCGCAAGUUCAUCCUCGACACUCUCGUUAAUGGCCUGUCCCGUCUCGAGUACCGUGGAUAUGACUCGGCCGGUCUAGCUGUCGACGGCGACAAGAAGAAGCAGGUCUUCGCCUUCAAGGAGGUUGGCAAGGUCGCCAAGCUCAAGAAGCUCAUUGACGAGUCCGAUGUCGACCUGGACAAGGUUUUCGAUUCACAUGCCGGUAUUGCCCACACUCGAUGGGCUACCCACGGCCCCCCCUCCACCGUCAACUGCCACCCUCACCGAUCUGACCCCGAUUGGGAGUUCACCAUCGUCCACAAUGGUAUCAUCACCAACUACAAGGAGCUCAAGACUCUCCUCUCGAGCAAGGGAUUCAAGUUUGAGACCGAGACCGAUACCGAGUGCAUCGCCAAGUUGACCAAGUACAUCCACGACCAGCACCCCAGCAUCGGUUUCACCGACCUGGCCAAGGCUGUCAUCCAGGAGCUUGAGGGUGCCUACGGUCUUCUCAUCAAGUCCGUUCACUACCCCCAUGAGGUCAUCGCUGCCCGAAAGGGCUCUCCCCUCGUCAUUGGUGUCAAGACCGAGAAGCGCAUGAAGGUUGACUUCGUCGAUGUCGAGUACGCCGAUGAGAACGCUGCCCUCCCCGCCGAGGCUGCUUCCCAGAACGUCGCUCUGAAGAAGAACGCCGCCGAUCUCCUUUCUCCCAGCAACAACCUCCUCGGUGCCCCCGACAAGUCGCUGUUGCACCGCUCUCAGUCCCGGGCUUUCAUGACCGAUGAUGGCAUGCCCAUGCCCACCGAGUUCUUCCUGUCCUCCGACCCCUCGGCCAUUGUCGAGCACACCAAGAAGGUCAUGUACCUCGAGGAUGACGACAUUGCCCACAUCCACGAGGGCUCCCUGAACAUCCACCGCCUCAAGAAGGCUGACGGUAGCUCCAACGUCCGAACCAUCCAGACCCUUGAGCUUGAGCUCCAGGAGAUCAUGAAGGGCAAGUUCGACCACUUCAUGCAGAAGGAGAUCUUCGAGCAGCCCGAGUCCGUCGUCAACACCAUGCGUGGUCGUCUCGACAUUGCUAACCAGACCGUCACUCUGGGUGGUCUCCGCUCCUACAUCUCCACCAUCCGCCGAUGCCGCCGCAUCAUCUUCAUUGCUUGCGGUACCAGCUACCACUCUUGCAUGGCUGUCCGUGGUAUCUUCGAGGAGCUGACUGAGAUCCCCAUCGCUGUCGAGCUGGCCUCCGAUUUCCUUGAUCGACAGGCUCCCGUUUUCCGUGAUGACACCUGUGUCUUCGUCUCCCAGUCUGGUGAGACCGCCGACUCCCUCAUGGCCCUGCGCUACUGCCUGGAGCGUGGUGCCCUGACCGUUGGUAUCGUCAACGUCGUCGGUUCCUCCAUCUCCCUCCUUACCCACUGCGGUGUCCACGUUAAUGCCGGUCCCGAAAUUGGUGUCGCCUCCACUAAGGCCUAUACUUCUCAAUUCAUCGCCAUGGUCAUGUUCGCCCUGUCCCUGAGCGAGGACCGUGCCUCCAAGAAGGCCCGCCGUGAGGAGAUUAUGGAGGGUCUGUCUAAGAUCUCUGACCAGAUCAAGACCAUCCUCAACCUUGACUCCUCCAUCAAGACUCUGUGCGAGAAGACCUUCCAGAACCAGAAGUCUCUCCUCCUGCUCGGCCGUGGUAGCCAGUUCUCCACUGCCCUCGAGGGUGCUCUGAAGAUCAAGGAAAUCUCGUACCUCCACUGCGAGGCUGUCAUGUCUGGUGAGCUCAAGCACGGUGUGCUGGCUCUGGUCGACGAGAACCUUCCCAUCAUCAUGAUCCUUACCCGCGAUGACCUAUUCAAGAAGUCCCUCAACGCCUACCAGCAAGUCAUUGCUCGCAACGGCAAGCCCAUCGUCAUCUGCAACGAGGCUGACGAGGAGUUCAAGACAUCUGAGGCUGAGAAGAUCGAGGUCCCCAAGACCGUCGACUGCCUUCAGGGUCUCCUCAACGUCAUCCCCCUGCAGCUGAUUGCUUACUGGCUGGCCGUCCUGGAGGGACUCAACGUCGAUUUCCCUCGUAACCUGGCCAAGUCGGUCACUGUCGAGUAAAUUCGCCACCGACAACUUGUCGUGUGCGGUGUAAAGUGAACCGUCGCGCUGGUGCGCACGGGAUUAUGAACAUUGGAGUUGGCUUUGACAAAAUUGGGCUUGCGUGAAUGGAUGGGCAAGUCUUGUCUGGGUAGCAUGAGAUUUUGGUACAGAAAUGAAAUGAAUGGGAGGCCAAGGGGACUAGGCCUGAUAUUAUUUAGAUGAUUUAACUGCAAGUUAACGAGUUGGCCCUCGAGAAGAGGGUUCGAUAAGAAGUUGGCCUAGUUAUGCGACAGAAGUAGUGCUUGGCAAUGUAAUCACGGAUCUAUGAUCUUUUUGAUGAAGAAGAAAACAAUAAU